AUGCCCAGAAUCCGACGCAUCAAGUGUGAUGAAUCGCCAGGCCAAUGCAACAACUGCGUCUCUGCUAAUUGGAAGUGCGAUGGGUAUGAUGCGUACCGGUUGCCGCAGCGCCGCGGUCUACAGGACAUAGGCACUCGACUUGGCUGGACGAUGACGUCGGAUGAACACCGUUGCUACUCCUAUUUUCAAUAUCACUCCGUUACCAAUCUGGCCGGGUUUUUCGAUUCCCCGCUCUGGCAGCAGUUGGCCCUACAGAUGUCUCGCGCUGAUCCGGCUGUCUUUCAUGCGGUGAAUAUGUUCAGUGCUGCCCACCAGGAGUCGGAGAUGCAUGACAUGCAGAUGUCUGCACGGUCCCGCGUUGGGAGCCAGCAGUAUUAUUUCUCUCUUCAUCAGUCUACACGAGCCAUAGCGCUCCUGAACCAGCGCCGAAACUCCCAGGACCCCCAGCUGCGCCAAACCAUCCUCCUGUGCUGCCUGCUCUUUGUUCUCUUCGAUGUGCUCGUGGCGCAAUAUGACAGUGCGUUUACGCAUUUACACGGCGGUCUCCGUAUUCUUAAAGAACUCGAGAUUCAUGGGAAGCUGGAGUCGGAGGUUGCGCCAUCAAUCAUUGCUGCAUUCCGCCGCCUGGAUAUACAGGCCUCGCUCUAUGAUACUCGAUUUCCGAUCCUACGCCUGGAGGAUGGGACAAGAUCCCCGCUCAAGUUAUUCGAAGCGCCACCAGGCGGCUUUACUAGCCUCAGCCAGGUACGAGAGAAGAUUACGGUUUUAUUCACAGCCGGUAUACCCUUGAUUGCGAAGAGCUGGAGCCUGAACGGUCCCAACAUGGAGGCCAACUAUGAAUCACUCUACCUAAGCCAACGGCGACUGCUAGCUAGUUUUGCUGAUUUUGACCCAUAUUUCAAGUCUUUUUGCGUAAUGAAAUAUCAUCAGCUGAGUGAGAAGGAGCAACUGGGAGCAGAUAUCGUCCACUUGCUUUACCUUGGUCAUACUCUCACACUCAAAACUGUGUUGAUCCGUGGUCCAGUGCCGAAGUCUCUGGUUCCGGAAUUCCUUGCGCUACUGCAGGCCCAUGAAGACAAGAUUGAGAAGCUCAGGUCUGUCUCUGGCCUGGUAAUGGACCAUGUCAUGAUCGCCCACAUGUACCUUGUGGCCACACAGUGCCCAGAUAUGGAGAUUCGAAUACGCGCUAUUCGUCUUCUGCGGUCAUGGCCGCAUUACGAGGGCCUGCACAGCUCCAAUGUCACUGCUCUGAUGGCAUUGGGUGCACUCAGAAGGGACUUUCCCAAUGAAAGCCAGGCCUUGUCAGCGUUGCAGACCACAGAAGCGGAGAAUGAAUUUCUCGUCGACUCCUUGAAAUCUAUCAAGACUGCUGUGGGAGAACCUACCAUUCCGCUUUUUAGAAUGUCUGAGCUGCCAUCGCGCCCAUGA